UUCAAUAUUCACAGCAUUGCUCCAAAACCUGUAGCCAUGUCAGCUUUCGUGACGGGAGGCAGCCGCGGCAUUGGCCUGGCCUUGGUGCAGGCUAUGUUGAAGGGAAAAACCUUCUCGCGCGUGGUGGCCGCUGCCAGAACAGAUUCCGAAGCUUUACAGGCACAGCGCUUGGUGGGUUCAUGUUCGGUCUGGCUGUUGGCAUGCUCCUUCAACGUCGCUCAGGUUGCGCGGCAGGCGCUUCAUUUGCUGCGGCAGACAUGGCAGGCCUUAAAGUUUCAGCACGGGGAUCGUUUGGUCACAGUGAAAAUGGACCUCACUGACGAGGUAUCAAUUCAAGAAGCAGUUAAAUCUACAGAAGACUUCUGCCAAGGUUCCUUGCAACUUUUAGUUCAUAAUGCUGGCCUCAUGCAUCCCAGCGGCCGCGGAGAAAACUCUGUGACGCGUCUUGACAUGGAAUCUUUCAGCAAGGUCCUGGCAACCAAUGUGAUCGGACCAGCCUUGCUGACAAAGGCUUUGUACCCACGGUUGCGAGCUGCUGCACAAGAAGAGCCCAGCAAGGUGGUGGCUGUGGGCGCCGGUGUGGCUUCAAUCAGCACCAACCAGGCUGGCGGGUGGUAUUCAUACCGGGCGUCCAAGACAGCACUGAACGCCUUCAUGAAAAACUUGUCGAUUGAAGGUGGCCGACACAAGGUGUCAGCGUUUACGCUUUACCCACAGAUGGUUGAGACGGCGCUUUCGAAACCGUAUGUAAAAGGAAACCCUUAUCCAGAGCUUCGCAGCCCGGAGGAGACGGCCGAUCAGAUGCUGGAGCUGAUUACCAGCUUUGGCAUCAGUGACACUGGCCGCUUUGUGAACAUUUGGUCUCGGGAGGACAUUCCCUGGUGACCAGGCCCAACUCUAUCGCUUAAAUUUUCGGCCAAAAUUUUCGCCCGUACGCCAUUUUCCUGAGAGCAACCCAGCUCAUAGAAAAAGCAUG